AUGCGCAGUGACGAUAAACUGCCGUGCACGAAGGAAAGCCGUCGCCACUGCGCCGUGAUGCAUCACUGGAGUGCUGUGAGGAGUUGUCGGAAUCGUGUAAUGCACCUCGAGUCUCUCCGCGCAUCGCGGAGAGGAGGAUCUCUCCGCGCAGAGGAGAGUCCAAGUGAGCGAUCGCCGACAGACAAAGACGCUCUCAGGCACGGAGAAGCCGUACACAAUAACUUUGCACAAAUCGGUGAUGGUGGUUGUUCAUCGUUGCUGCGCGCGAGGUCUCUGUACCUGAUCGACAAUGGUGGUUGUGGUGCUCAGAUAAUGAUCAUCUCCACGCUUCACUGUGCAGCGGCGCUUAACAGUCUCUCAGCAAAGUUCAGAGAAGACCCGGAAGGCCGCUGCCUCCGUCGGCGAGGGGGCCACCACCUCUUCCUGACGCCAAACUAUCCCCGCGUUUCGAAACCGUCAAACAUGAGAAGGCUUGUCAAUUAUUACUUCGUUUUUUCACCAAGAGGCAAGGAACCCAAAGAUGAAAUCCAAAUUUUUACAUGGACAAAUGAGACUUUGCUCAAAUUAACUGAUCUGGUUAAAGAGGUAGCUCCAGAAGCAAGAAGAGAUGUUAUUCUCUCCUAA